AUGGCUGGGAUAAAUUUUUUGGAAUUUUCAGAUGCUGUUCCAAAUAACAAAAUAAAUUCGAUGAAUCAUUUGAAAAUGUCAGAAAAGCAAGUUGAGAAGGUAUGUUUUUUUGAAAACGAAGGAUACCAAUUAAAUUCGAAAUUUCAGUUCAAACAACUUCAUUACGGUUGGUAUAUUCAGGCGGUUUCUUCAUUACUUGGAUCUGUUGGCAAACAAAUGUAUAUGAAAAUGAAAAAGUUAGUGAUUUGAAAAUUAUGAAGUUCGGAAUCUUCAGCUAGAAAAUUAGAUCUAUCACAUAUUGAACUUCAGAGUUUCACAGUAUUACCUCAAAAAAGCAAGUGCGCUCCUGUGAGAAAUUUCGGAAAAUUUUAAAAUUGAAAAAAAAAUGAAAAAUUGGAGCAAAUUGUGAUUUUUGAUUGAAUUUUCAAGAGGUUUGCAGAAACAAAAAAAUGCAGAAUUAUUGGUGUAAAUAUAAUAAUAUCAGGCUGAAAAUCAUAAGACAUUUUAGUAAAUUUCUUCAAAAGACUUAAUUACUUGUAUCCUCGUUUCAGACCGGAACGUCGCGCUUUCGUUGCCUGUUUGGAUGCGAUCGAAAAAGAACAUGACGUCAAAGCUGGCGCCAAAUGUUUGGUCAAAGCUUUUGAUGGAAAAUUGGUAAGAGCCACAUAAAAUCUUGCAGAACACCAAUGUUGUUUUCAGGAAAAAUAUUAUUUCUCUUCGAGAUUAGAUCCAAAGCUUGAUUUCAUCGAUAAACAAAACACAGUUCCUCUCGGGAAAUUGGAUAUUAAAAAAGUCGUGCGAAAAGCGAAAGAAAAGAAAUUGGUAAAAGCGAUUGCAAGCAGGAAAGCUAAAAAUAUUAUUCGAAAGAUUCAUCUGGAUAAAAUCAAAGCUAUCAAAUAUCGAAAGAAAAUGCGACAAAGUCACGCGGAAGAGCAUGGAGUUAGCAGGAGAAUGCUGGAAAAACUGGAUAAAAUUAAUAGAAGACGGAGGAUGAAGAGAAGUGUUUUGUCUCUCUACAGUAAUGUGAGUCACAAAAAUUUUGAGAUUCGAAGUAUAAUUGAAAAUAUAUUUUUUAGAAAGAAGCUGCUGAUGAGGCAAAACGAAUAGACAAAGCAGAUCGUGGAAUUUAUCGACCAAGAAAUGCUGAUAGACUUCCAAGUCUAUUUGACACCAAAAAAUCGCCAGUGAAAAUUGUGACUAAUUUGGUCAGACAAAUUGUGAAACAAAACAAUACCAAAACAAUGGAAGGCUCUUAUGGAAGUUUGAAAAAACUUCAAGACGCAGUUAUGGAUGCUCGAGCCAAAAGCAAAUAUAAACAUCGAAUGCUGGAUAUGAUUCUUGGCAAGAAAAAUCCGUUACGUCGCAGAAAAUCAUAUACAGAUAGAAUGCGUGAUAUAACUCCUGAAGGUCUAGUUGAUGAGAGAAUUUAUGGACUUGUUGAUUCGGUGUCAAAACAUACAAAUGAACUGAAUACCAACUUUUUGUCACCAAGAUUUUUGCCGAUUAUGCCGGAUAAAUAUCAAGUGAAGAAGUGGGUUGCUUUGAAAAAACUGUGGAUUUGAAUUAAGAAAUAAUUUUUCAGAAAUAUGCUAUCUCCAAGCAUGUUCCCAUUGUACAAAGAUGAUAGUGAUAAUAGUAUUCUUCCACUUCCAAAUGUACUAGAAAAGGUUUGUUUUUUUUCUGAACUGGUAAAACAAGUAAUGACAAGAGCACGUGAUAAUUAAAAUCAUAUCCAAUUUUUCAGGCUGGUCUAAACUCCCGUGAUCGUGAUUCAGUUCUCGAGUUAGUCAUGGAUGUUAGUGGUGUCAACACUGUUGUCGACGAUGCUUUAGAUCUCGUGAACGGAUUAAGAAAAGAAGGCCUAGAUACGGACAUCUUUGAUAUGACAAAACUUAUAGACGAUGCUUAUCAAUCCCUUGCUACUACUUUGACUAAAACUCAAAAUCUAGAUUUUGCUAAUCAGAAAUUCAGUUAUAUGAAUGGUGAGCAAAUGAGGAUGUUGUAUGGAGAGAAAGGUGUUUAUAAUACUUCACAAGCUGAACUACCCUUUGAUAUCAAUGAAGUGGAACAAUUAACCACCGAGCAGAAAACCGAGGCGUUGAGGUUAACGAUUAGAAAUAUUGCCAACGGAAAAGGUGCGCAAGGAACUAAAAGUGGAAGAGUGAAAAGACAAACAAUCUCAUUACUCAAUGGCGCAUACAAAGUCGUAUUUCUGAAUCCUACAGUAUUCUCACCUCAAUCCCUAUCCCCUACAGUAAAUCAACUCUCCGUAUUAGGCCCUCUAGUCAUUUCUCCCCAACUUUUUUGUCCAAGUGUUUUAUCACCUCUUCUUAUGUCACUUCCUGUAAUCUCUCCUCAAGUUGGAAACCCUCUGAUCUUUUCGCCUUAUGUGGUUGGACCAAAUGUGAUGUCAGCUGCAGUUUUCAAUGCUUACGUGUUUUCUCCCUAUGUUUUAUCCCCUAAUGUUAUCAAUCCUUAUGUGAUGUCCCCUCUUAUUCUCUCACCAUUUGUACUUUGCCCGGAUGUUGUGUCACCAACAAUUCUGUGUGGUGCAAUUAUGUCACCAUCUGUACUUUCACCAUCAGUUUUCACUGAUUCUGCUCUAGCUGCGAAUGUUCUAUCACCAACAUUUUUAUCAUAG